AUGGAGAACGGCGAGUUGAGCAUCGCCGCCGCGCGCGAAGCUCAUCUUCUUCUGCUGAAUCACGCUCACCAUCUCCCAGGCCACACCAACCAAGACGCCGUCAACGAUCUUCCAGCCGAAGUCCAUCUCCACGACCCAACCGAAAACAUACACGAAAGUCGCCUGACUCAGAAUCAAGCGAUGAUUCAAGAACCAGAAGGCGAGGAAAUCGUCAUAAGCCGAGGCGAUCACCAACAUCCUCGCCCGAUCAAACAAGAAACAACAGACGUGCUGACGUUGUCAGGCCAAGACCUCGACGAGCCGAUCCGCGCUUGA